AUGGAGGCUGAAACGUUUUACUUAUUCUAUGAAGGAGCUAAUCCUGAGUCUAAGGAUUUGAUGAAUUCCUCUAGUGGGGGAAAUUUCACUAAGAACAAGGCAAGCGAAGCACGAGAGAUUCUGGGAAGGUUGGGGGGAGAAGGGGUUGGGGACAUAAUAGAUCGAUUGGAGAAGGCGCUUCUAAGCGCAAUUGAAAAGAAGAAUUCCACUGCCUCGCAAGAGAAGGAGAAGUCGCCAGGUCAGGAGGACAAUCAACUCCAACUUUAUUAUGGUCCACCACCCGACGGAGAAUUCCAAGCCCAUGCGAAUGCAGUGGGGAAUUGGAAUCAGAAUAAUCAGAAUACAAGCUGGAAUCAGUGGAAGAUUAAAGAGGCCCCAUUGAGAGACAACCCCUGUUUCAGAAACCAGAGUAACCAAGGGAAUUCAUAUGUGCCACCACACCAGAAGAAUGCCACUGGGAAUAAUCAGAAUUUCCAGCCUAACCACCAAGGGAAUCAAGGGUCAGGAAACCAGUUCAACAAUAAUCUAGAAGGUCAAGGGAAUUAUCGCCAGAAUCAGGGGAGUGGACAAAACCAUAACCAAGGGUCAAGUUCAAAUCAGCCCAACUAUAGGUCUCAGAGGAAUUUAGAUGACAUGGUGCAUGACCUAGUCAACUCUCAACAGCACAUGCAGAACAACAUGCAAUCCAACAACGAUGUGGUGCAUAAAAUUCAAGAUGCAGAACAGGAACAAAAGGCCGCCAUGGACAUGUUGGCUAAGCAAAUGUCUCAAUUAGAAACUUCGUUGAAUAAGAUGAGAGGAAACGAAGGAAGGAUACCAGCCUCGGUGAAACCACCUGACCGAGCAAACAUUAGUCAGAUUACUCUGAGGUCAGGAUGUGGCUAUGAUGGUCCGAUGAUGAAGAAUGAUGAAAAUGUUUCCCCUGUGAUGAGUAAUGAGAGUCUUGUCCCUAACAAAAGAAAUACUGAGAUAAGGAGCACCUGA